AUGGCCGAGCCGCAGGUGCCCGAGGUGCUGCAGGAGGUCACGGUGGGCUCCGAAACCCCCCCGGGCACCGCCCGAAGGCGCCCCGGGCUGGGUCUGGGCGGGGCCGGGCCAGGACCGGGAGGAGGAGGAGGAGGAGGAGGAGGAGGAAGAGCGGGCGCGGCCCCUCCUGAGGCUCUGGGGGAGCUGGGGGGGCUCCUCGGCGCCGCCCGCACCGCUGCCGCUCCUGCCCCCAAGCGCUUCGCCUCGGCGCGCUCGCUGCGCAAGCACCGCAGGACGCACCUGGACGGGGCCCCGCGCUGCCCGGACUGCGGCAAGACGCUCACGUCCGAGGCCUCGCUGGUCACGCACCGCCGCAUCCACACCGGCGAGCGCCCGUUCGCCUGCCCCCGAUGCGGCCGGAGCCUCUCGUCGCACGCCGCGCUGGUGGCGCACCAGCGCAUCCACACCGGGGAGCGCCCCUACGAGUGCCCCGACUGCGGCAAGGCCUUCGCGGCCGUCAAAUCGCUCAGCAAGCACCGCAAAAUCCACCGGGCCGCGGCGAAGGCGGCGGCGGCGCCGUGCCCGGACGACGGCGCCUCGGGGGUCCCGGUGUCCCUGAAGCCCCUCCGGGACAGCGCCUCGGGGGUCCCGGGGGUCCCGGGGCUCUCGCAGCCCCUCGGGCUCAGCCCCUCGGGGGUCCCGGGGCUCUCGCAGCCCCUCGGGCUCAGCCCCUCGGGGGUCCCGGUGCUGUCUCAGCCCCUCGGGCUCGGCCCCUCGGGGGUCCCGGUUCCUCUCCAGCCCCUCGGGCUCGGCCCCUCGGGGGUCCCGGGGCUCUCGCAGCCCCUCGGGCUCGGCCCCUCGGCGGUCCCGGUUCCUCUCCAGCCCCUCGGGCUCAGCCCCUCGGGGGUCCCGGUUCCUCUCCAGCCCCUCGGGCUCGGCCCCUCGGCGGUCCCGGCGGUCCCGCGGCGGCGCCGCCCGGCCUGCGAGCAGUGCGGGAAGGCGUUCCGGGACGGGGCCGCGCUGCGGCGCCACUGGCGCGUCCACACCGGCGAGAAACCGUUCGGCUGCAGCGAGUGCGGGAAGAGCUUCCGAGCCAGCUCCAGCCUCGUCAUCCACCGGCGCACGCACACCGGGGAGCGCCCGUACCCCUGCUCGGGCUGCCCCAAGAGCUUCGUGUCCCGCUCGUCGCUCAUGAAGCACCUGCGCACUCACCUGCGCCGGGAGCCGCCGCCCUGA